CGGGGCCAAUUUUGCCGUGUCUCUGCGCGGCCACGCUGAAUCCGCGGGCACGACGCGUCGGCUUCACGCUGCAGGGAACCAGCUGCGAACAGUGGAACAACGAAGUGCUGCAGUGAACGGAGCCGGUGGAGCCGAGGUGCGCCCGAACCCGCUCGCUAUUUCUUCGCUCACGGACCUGCUUGAUGAAUCCACUCCAGUGUGGCAGCUGAAUCUGAGAGAGACUACUUUGUGUCUUGCCGAGGAAUCAGCAAAAUCCUUUGGAGGAUAACGAUAUAUUGUGGGCUCGAUCUCAGGUGGUACAGGUGAAACGGGUGAAACAUCGCUUGAAACGACAAGAGUGAGAGGAGACAAAAAUAAAGUGGAAGAGAAGGACAUACUGUAACCCAGUGGACAGCUGAUGGUGGAGCUAUUAUCCCAGGGACAUGCCCCUCAGUUUGAGGACGGAACAAUGGGAAUCUGUCUUUGACCAGGGAAGUACCAGGAGGUGCAGAGAAACCAUGUAAUGUUUUUGUUUGUGUGUUUGUUUUUUUUAAUGAGAAACAAUUCAUAUAGUGCAUUUAAAAGCACAUUCUGAGACAUUGUACAAGAAAGGAAACUACUGCAAUGGCUUUUGAAGUCAAAGAAUGAAACAGAGAGCAGAUUCAUUCAUGGCCUGCAGGUGAAUUGGUGCUCCACCAAAUGUGCUGUACAGGGUGCAUUUCCAGAGUGUACCUGCCCUGUGGAUUUCUUGCUUUUCCUCCACCACUGACCCUAAAAAUGAACUCAGUUGCUUCUAAUGGUAAGAAGCUUUAAAACAAUACCUGCAUGUCUUCAAGGCUAUAUAGUGGUUUUCUGGGUGAUGAUAAAGUCAUCAGUCUGAGCCACUGUGGAGAAAUGUCAUACAUUAAGAUGCACGCGCCUGUUGGAAGAGGAUGCAUGGAAGACUGGUUUUCAAAAACAACAACAGUCUGCUGCAGAAAGCGACUUCCUGUCUGUUUUUUUUUCCUCCCCACCUCUGUCUUCCUACUACUUUUCUCCCUGGUUACACCCGUCCUGUCCAUUCAUAUGGAGUCCAUAGAGAGCCACAGUGAGUUUAGCUGUGAGCCCAUCAGACUGAGAAUGUGCCAGGAUCUGCCUUACAACACCACCUUUAUGCCCAAUCUACUGAAUCACUACGACCAGCAGACAGCUGCGCUAGCCAUGGAGCCUUUUCAUCCCAUGGUAAACCUAGUGUGCAGUGCUGAGCUGAGGAUGUUCCUGUGUGCCCUGUACGCCCCUGUGUGCACUGUGUACGGCCAGGUGUCCAUGCCAUGUCGAUCUCUCUGCCAGCGGGCCAAAGACGAGUGCCACAAACUCAUGGAGAUAUUUGGAGUAGCCUGGCCAGAUGACAUGGGCUGUAGUAGGUUCCCAGAUUGUGAUGAGUCCUAUCCUCGUCCAGAGGACCUGCUAACAGGCUCUGACCCUACUGACCAGUCAUCCAUGACUGUCCAGAGAGACUAUGGUUUCUGGUGCCCCAGAGAGCUCAAGGUUGACCCAGACCUGGGCUACACUUUCAUGGGCAAGAAGGACUGUUCUGCACCAUGCCCCUCGAUGUUCUUCAACCAGCAGGAGCUGACCUUCACCCGAUACUUCAUAGGGGUCGUCUCCAUUGUCUGUCUGUCCGCAACGCUCUUCACCUUCCUGACAUUCCUCAUCGAUGUUACCAGGUUUCGAUACCCUGAGCGUCCAAUAAUCUUCUACGCUGUGUGUUAUGUCAUGGUGUCGCUGGUGUUUUUCCUUGGUUUCCUGUUGGAAGACAGGGUAGCCUGCAAUGCAGUCAGCCCUUCUCAGUUCAGAGCUUCAACCAUAACACAGGGCUCACACAACAAGGCAUGCACCCUGUUCUUCAUGGUCCUGUAUUUCUUCACCAUGGCCGGCAGUGUGUGGUGGGUCAUACUGACAAUCACUUGGUUCUUGGCUGCUGUACCUAAAUGGGGCAGCGAAGCUAUUGAGAAGAAAGCCCUCCUCUUCCAUGCAGUUGCCUGGGGGCUCCCAGGGGCCCUGACUGUCACCCUCUUGGCCCUGAACAAAAUUGAAGGAGAUGGGAUCAGUGGAGUGUGUUUCAUAGGGCUGUAUGACAUAGACGCCCUGAGGUGGUUUGUUCUGGCACCGCUCUGCCUCAAUGUGGCGGUGGGUGUCUCUCUCCUGUUAGUGGGAAUUGUGGCUCUGAAUCGUGUGCGCAUGGAGAUCCCUCUGGAGAAGGAAAACCAGACCAAGCUAGUCAAGUUUAUGAUCCGAAUGGGAGUUUUCUCUGUGCUCUACCUUGUCCCCCUGUUAACUGUGAUUGGGUGCUACCUGUACGAACACACCUACCGUAACAUUUGGGAGACAACAUGGAUGGAGGAGAACUGCAGGCGCUAUCACAUCCCCUGCCCAUACAAGGUGGACCAGACCAGUCGGCCAGUCAUGGUUUUGUUCCUAAUUAAAUACCUGAUGAUGCUGGUGGUGGGGAUUCCCUCUGUUUUCUGGGUGGGCAGUAAGAAGACCUGUUUUGAAUGGGCCAGCUUCUUGCACGGACGCAGACGCAAAGACAGUGGGGUGAAUGAGUCUCGCCAGGUGCUGCAGGAGCAGCCAGACUUUGCCCAGUCUCUGCUGCGGGAACCCAACACCCCCAUUAUUAGGAAGUCCAGAGGAACAUCCACUCAGGGCACCUCCACCCACGCCUCCUCCACCCACUUGGCUGUCCUAGACGACCUUGACGAACCAGUCAGAACUCAUCAUGGCCACGUUGCCUCCACCAGGAGUAAAGCCAGCAGCGUUCACAGCAAGGCCAGCUACCACAGCAGCCUGCGCCGCACUCGAGACGACAGGAGCGAUACUAUGGUUUACCGAGGUACCGAGGAGCGCAGUUUCCAUGGCAGCAUGCCGCAUCUUGACCACCCACUCUCCACUCACAGCAGCCUCCAUCGGAUAGACAGCCACUCAAGGCACAGCAGCCAGCGAGACAUAUCCGAGACCCCACCUACUCUCAUCACCCACGGUACCAUGGCAAUUGAAAGCCGAGUUGCUGAGAAUGAAGGCACCAGCGCCUGAGAAAAAUCAGAAAUUUUAAAGGAAAUUAUUGUCAGGACACUUUGGAGGUUGUCAAUGCCUUCUAAAGGAAGUUUUGCCUUCAGCAGAUACACACUUGUCUGUUUAGUGUGUAAGAGUUUUUCUCUGAAGAUGGAGAAUUGCUGUGAUGGAGAUUUUUGUUAUUAGUUCCUCGCUGGUCACUUGUUAGCUGUGUGGCUAAUGGCUGACACAGUUCACUCAGUGAACAUAACCGAUAAUUUGUAGAUGGACUUAGGUUUCACUGUAAGCUGGACAGGUAUAUUUACUUAUUUGAAUUUACACAGCAGUUGUCUCCUGACUGCUCAACUCAAACAGGCUGAGCCAACAAGAAUAAAUCCGCCUCCUCAGACUUUGGUGGCAUCGGUGAUACUUCUCAAGACACUAUUCAGGGAAAGGGAGGUCUAUGAAUCUCGUGGACGACAAUGGUUACAAUUUCCUGCAGGUGUACUCUAGAUGAUUCCCUGGAUUUGGAUGUUGGACACCACUUUUGAGCAUUGUGACUCGUAUUACGGUGGCAUUACUUCUAAAUAAUCAUCUUACAUCAUCUUGCAGGACCUACAUGAAUAUUGUUAAAUAUGUGAACAGUGGCAAGUAUUGCUUUUCUAACAAUCUUAAAUGGUUUGUCCUCCCCCCUGGUAAUGUCUCACAUGAAAUUUGACUUAUUUCAGUCUGAUUUCGGUUUGAUAUAAUUAUUCCCAAUCUUUGUUUGUCUUAGGCUGCAGCUCUUAAUCAAUGAUGUUUUUAUUUUCGAGUGUCUUUAGAGACUGACAAAUACGGGCCUAAUGUAACAUUGUGGAUCUCUCUGUUGUUUAGUGAAUUUUUUUUUUACUGUGAAAAUCAUCUUACUGCUGCUGAAAGAGUGUGUGCGUGUGAGUGUGUGAGAGAGAGAGCGUCAGUUAGAAAUAGAGACACAAGUGGUCAUAAAUGUUUUAAAGUUCGAUUCCCAACUGUGGUAAACAGAGAAACAUGAUGAAGGGAACUGAACCCAGAAUGUAAAAGGGUUGUUUUCAGAGUCAGAAAGAGGGUGUGUGGAAUGAACUGGAAUAAGGCUUGUACACUUACUUACAAGCAUAGAGGUUAUUCCAGCUCAGCCCAAAACAAUUUUAACACUGACCCUUUUGCAAAGAGGCAUUCACUUGUAAAGACAGGAAAGAAAUACAAGGCAGCUUUAGAAACAAGCAAUAUAAUAGUUUACUCAAGCAUUGCUUGUUCAAUUAGUUAGUUGGUUGACUAAUUAGUUAGUCAACCAACCACUCUCUGUAAUAAAAUCCUAAGAAUAAGCAGAAUAAGAGUCAUGUCAAAGCCUCUUUCUACCCUUAGCAUAAGAUUAGGGUUAAAAGUUAGCGGACAACCAGAGUAUUGUAACCCAAAUUCAGGUACACCACCAUCAUUGUAUUCAAGUCUUAUGCCCGCGUAGACCAGUGUCUAAUUUAAAAAUGGAAACGGAUAACAUUGCUUUUAUUCUGAAAUCUGUCACAUCCAUGUGGCUGAAAGGUUGUUUUUUGUUUUUCCUAAUGUUAUUUUCACCAGUGUACAAUUUACAUGAACUGCUACUGUACAUGCUCUGUGAUCAUGUGUGCUUAUGUUGUUCAGACUUAGAACCCAAACUUGUCCAAAGCCGUACGGACGAUUGGCAAACUGUAGAAAAAGAAACAUUCAGUCGUUGUGCUUUAUAUGUUCUCUGACAUUUAUUUACACUUGUUGAGUAAAUGAUACAGGAAGUGUAUAUUGUCUCUGGAUUUCUAUUGUUUGUGUUUUGUUCCCCAAUCUCUCAUGAUCCAAUUAACCUACCUCACCCCUACCUUCAGCCUUCUCUGUACCUGCACCUGCACGCACACACACACGCACGCACGCAC